GUACAAGCUGUUAUGAAACACAACUUUUAACUAUCUCAGAUUAUCUGUCAAAUAUUUAUCUGACUAAAUUCAGUACGUGCAGGAUUAUUUUGUUUUAUUUUAUUCUUCCUUUACCCCAAGUUUUGAAUUACAUUUAUCUGACUUCACAAAAAUAAGCAUUCUUUUUAAAUUGGAAGCUGUAUUUAAACAAAUUACAUAAAAGUACAAAACUGUCAGUUUGUAAAAAUGGUUCUAAAACAAGAAACAUGGUAAAUAAUUCAAAAGAUCCUUAGAUGCUACUAUUUUCAUUAGGCCAAUCAAAUCAAAAGUCAGACCAUUAAAUCUUUCAUUUUAGUUAUUAUAGUAAAUUACUCUGAUGGGUUUUAUUUGCUGAUCAUUUGCUCCGACCAUGUGAUUACACACACAAGUGAUUACAAUAAAUAAAAAUGUGUACUUUGUAUUUUCCUGCUUCUAACAAAAACAAUUACACCCAUUUCUCCUACUUAUUUAUCCUCUCACAGAUAUUUAUGUUUGGAGAACAGUCACCAUCAAACCAGGCUUUGGCGGCUGCAGUUUAAUUUGUCUCCACACAAGAUUUACAUUAAAUAAGAGGCAGCUAUUAAAACCAUUUGUAACAAGAUGAUAAAUGGUGCACCAGCGGUUUUGUUAUGAGCAGAUGAUCAAACGUGUCACAUGCCUCAGUGGUUUGUGAAUAUUCACCAAUGUCAGCUUGUGUGUAUUUUUUUCUUCUCUUUUUAACACAGCAGAUGCAAUAAGCUGGGAUAAUUGGUGUACAUCUAAUUUACUAUAUAAAUGACAAAACAUCUGACUGCUUAUUUACUUGAUGAAUUGUUGAUGUGGAAUACCUUUUUUUCAGUCUUCAAAUCAGAAAUGAAGGAUGGUGCAGAUGCGGGACCAGUGUUCACAGAUUUUAAUCAAUAAUAACCUUUUUUGUGUCAUAUUUCUCAUAGUGUUCUUUUACCAAUUAGUUCAGGUAAAGUAACUUUAGAGAGUACAGUUAGAUUGCAUUUACAAUUUUCUUCAUUUCAUGCAUUUGACCAUCAGACCUGUUCUAGUUGAGCUGUAACAUCCAACAGUGUGACGUGUGAAUGACCCAGCAGUUUAUGUUCUGCCACCUCAGCCCCCCCACCACCACCAGAAGGGUCCGGAGUCACUCCCAUGUAAAGGGACCUUUGUGGUUGUGGCAUGCAGCAGGGUGGUGCAAGACAGCGUUGGAUUUUCCUUCCAAUGAAAACACGUCUCAGUACAUGGGCUGUUCACCUUUUCAUUACACGCCAUUCCACAUCAACAGUGCUCCACUGGAGCUGCAAACUUCCUGUUCCCACUCAGAGAAUUUCACAGGCAGCACUCAACCGUUCCUUCUGUUUAGACUGCAGUCACUCGGACGCGCUCUUUUGCUCACAACUGGCCGGGACAGAGGUCGCAACAGGAUGUAGAAACUUUCACACAUUCAGGUUCACUCGAAGUAAGAAAAUAAUGGUCAUUUAUCAGGACUAUAUGCAGUUUUCGUGUCUAACACCAAAAAAUGAUAAGCAUGAGGUGUUUGUUAAAGGCGUAGUUCACAAAAAAGUUGUUUUCAAUAUUAUUUCUGAUUACCAUUGGUCACUUUGAGUUUUUCAUGGAGGCUGAACAUGAUUCUGAUAGAAGACCGACAAUGAAACGCUAGGAUUAGAAAAACCCUGACAGAUCUACGUCACACUGUCACUUAACAUUCGUGGACUCACUCAUAUUGACUUAGGAGGAGGAAGGCUGUUGUUGGUUUAGCGUCCAGGAAACAGAUUGUCUCGGCUAGUAGAAGCUAAUCGUUAGCAUUAGCAACCCCACCACACAGCAGAACUCCUUCAGGCUUUACUUAUUUGUGGAGAUAAAACAUCAGUGUUGAAAAGCAAACAAAGUGAGUGGGAAAGUUGCAUUGCUAUUAGCCAAGUAGAGCAGAGAUAUGUCAGAACAUCAGGAAAUAAGACUCUAAGAUCGUCUGAUGCUACUUUCGCCUCCAGCUGACUUUUACUUCCUGAAACAGGUGCAUCUGAGCUUCUUCUCCCCUGAGUAUGACUUACAAGGCACGUGUAUAUGUUCAACAAGUAAACCACACCUUUAAAUGAGGCAUCAACGUCCUGCUGCUGCUUUAGCAAAUUUUUCUGUGAAGGGUGUUUCAAUUACUCUUAUGAGUAUUGUUGACUCAAGAAAGGUGGCAGGAUUACGUUAAACUCCAGAGAUUAGUCAGGGAUCUGCAUCAAGCUGCUGCUAUCUUCAAAGUAAACAACCGGUAAUAUUAAUCUUUCAGAAAAGCGCAACAUGUUCUAAACACGUGCCACAGCCCUAUUUCUGUUUGAAUAGCAGCUGAUCGCCACCUGCAGCAUCCUGAGUUGCCCCCAGGUUUGGAGCACCAUAAUUUAUCCUUCUGCAAGCAGGCCACCCCUUCAAUUUCUGCACACUUACACCUCUCAGCAUUUAGACAUGUGUCAGUUUCACUUUACGCUUUAGAGCCACACAAACAGAAGAAGUCAACAAGGGCUUCUGUUGACAAAAAAACGUAGCAGAUGGUUGUUUGGACAUCGGGCUGCUCGGCUGCCUACAUCUGCGGGGGGUUUAGUGAGUAUCAGUCAAAGCCAGACAACUUGUGAGUUUUUUGGCUAGCAGCUUUGUAGUUGUGGGAUAAGAGUUUAAUUGGGAAGAUUGUGCUUGAUUGCAGCCUGUCGCUCACAUUUCACUGUGCUGCCCCGGUUGUUUUUCUGCUCAGUUUUGAAAACAUUCUAGACAGACUAACUCCUAAAUACAGUGUCUCUGUGCAGCGGCCCUCAGUCUAGCUUGGUGGGUGGGCAAGUUCCUAAAAUGCACCGCUGCGUUUAAAGAUAACAAGGACUUCCUUACAGAGUAGAUUCUGUUUUAACUGUUGUUUUCUCUGUUUAUCUUCAUAUGUAGAAUAGUUUUGUUUCUAAGAUAAGGUUCUCAUCUCAUUUUUGCAGAAUUGAGAGCGGCUCUUGUCGCAUGUCUAAACAUUUAGGGAAGCUUUGCAUUUGACUCAGCAUCACAGUGCAGUUUUCUGUAUCCAGCAACAGAAUCAACUUCUCCUAAAGACCAAGCAAAUAUUACAAAGAGCUUGAAAGAAACUGAGAUCAGACACAGCUGUCCUCCAAUGGGUAAAAUGUGCAACUGACAGAUGGAUGUGUUUUUUUUCCUCUUACAGGAUGAAACAUCACCUACGACAGGGAAUACAAACAACCAGAAGGCUCCUUAAGAAGGCAACUGGAGACUUGCGAGAUUGGCAGAACCUAUUAGGAGGCAGCGUGCGAAAUAAUAUUCAUCCAAGAAUGAGGAUCAAAUACACAAUACCCAUCGUCUUCUUCAUGGCACUGGUGAUCAUCGAAAAGGAAAACAAGAUCAUAUCAAGGGUGUCGGAUAAAAUCACAUUGAAGCAGAACGUUCCAGACCCUCUCCAGCCUGGUGGUCUCUCCCACAUGCUGCUGAAGCACAAUGCUUCCUUCCUCUUACACAGCAAGGACUUUGUGCUGAUGAAGCGGCGCCUGGAGAACUACAGCAAAAACCAAGAGGCGAUGCAAAAAGGACGGAAGCACGUUCUUCUCUUGGCCACCACCAGGACUGGCUCCUCGUUUGUGGGCGAGUUUUUCAACCAACAGGGUGAGAACAUGUUCUACCUGUUUGAGCCACUGUGGCACGUGGAGAAGAUGUUGACCCUGGAGACUGGAGGUACCAAUGCUACAGCGUCGGCCAAGGCAUAUCGGGAUGUGCUCCAGCAACUCUUCCUAUGUGACUUCUCCCAGCUGGAGAGCUUCAUCGAUCCCCUCCCUGUGAACCACAUCACCACGUCUCUCUUUCGCAGGGAGUCCAGCAGUUCUCUGUGUGAAGAGUCUGUCUGCAGCCCGGUCGUUAAAGGGGUCUUUGAGCGCUAUCGCUGCAAGACAAGACGCUGUGGACCCCUGAACCUGACUAUGGCUUCUGAGUCUUGCCUCAAGAAGGAGCAUAGGGUCAUCAAGUCUGUAAGGGUACGCCAGCUUGAAAAUCUCCGUCCACUAACCAAGGAUCCACGUCUCGAUAUCAAAUUCAUCCAGCUAGUUCGGGAUCCUCGGGCCGUGCUGGCCUCACGCAUGGUGGCCUUUGCUGAGAAGUACAAGAACUGGAAGGAAUGGGCUAUGGGUGGCAAUGUGCCACUCGAUGAUGAGGAGGUGAGGAAGCUGAAAGGUAACUGCGACAACAUCAGACUAUCUGCAGAGGUUGGCCUAAGGCAGCCCCUGUGGCUGCGCGGUCGUUACAUGUUGGUGCGGUACGAGGACAUCGCUCGGUUCCCCAUGAGGAAAGCAUCAGAGAUGUACCGGUUCUCUGGUAUUCCUUUCACCCCACAGGUGAAAUCUUGGAUUCUGAAGAACACCCAGGCCUCUAACGAGACCAGCGGAGUUUACUCCACACAGAAAAACUCCUCAGAACAAGUGGAGAAGUGGAGGUUCAGUUUGCCGUUCAAGAUUGCACAGGUGGUGCAGAGAGUCUGUGGACCAACACUGAAACUCUUCGGCUACACUUUUGUUCAAAGUGAAAAGAUGCUCACAGACAAAUCCAUAAGCCUGAUUCAGGAUAAAGUUUUUAAGUCUUGAAAAACUGCUGAAGAAGUUAACAUGAUGAAAAUCUUUUUUUAUGCAAUCAAUUCUAUUUAUUGGGUGCUUUAAUUCUGAUACAGAGCUAUAUAUUUUCUAGUUUGCUUUUUUUGAACAAUUCUGGUAGUAUUUAACAUUGCUUUUUAAGAAAUGUAGAUACAAAUAUAAUUAUUGUAUUAAAUGAGUAUUUGAAAUCAAACCAGAAACAUAGAAAAAACACAUUGAAAACAAGACCAUGUGCAUGUUUACGUUUUGCACUGCUCACGUUUGUCGCUGCUGCAUCGUUUUAAUUUCUGUAGGUUUAAAGGAGAUGCAGCCGUGGCUUUUGAGAGCAAUUAUUAUUUGUUUAAAACCUCUGCAGGAACCUCCUGUAGAUUUUAUUGUCAACUUGUUACUGCAAUAGCAUCAAGUCCUAAACCUUCUCAAAAUAUGAAUGACUUUGUUUAACAAUGCUUUUAGCCAGAAGAGGAAAUACCAACUUUUACCCAAGUUGUUUUAUUUCAAGAUUAGGAAGCCAUGCCUCAUGAAAAAGCAAUAACGUAGUAUUUUUUUCUUCCAGAAGAGCUGAAUGUUCUGUUCGUUUCCUAUUUGCUGAAAUUGUUCUACUUGUUUGAGAUGAGUGUAAUUUUGCUGAAAGUGGUUCCUGAUGAUGCUUGGGACUGUUAGGACACAUCACCUUAAACAGAUGUUUGUACUGUAAGCUAACAUUCCAACUGCAGCUGGUUUGCAGGAUUGUGUGAGGUUUGUCGGCAGGUCUCUGUCUGUUGACACAGGUCUCUUGGCUGGUGCUGAAAAGAGGUCUGGAUUCUCUGGCUCAACAGGGUAUUUGCUAUAGUCCAGUUCUUCUUUUUUGAAUUUUGUGUUUCGCAAUAAAUCUACUUUCACAAUUUACGAGAAAGCUCAACUUUGUGGUGACUUUGCACCUGAAAUACAGUAACAUGAUGUAGAAAUCAGUUUGUAUUACCACAAACAGCUCUUGUCCUGUCUCUUUUUAUUUUUGACAUCUCAACAAUAAUGUGGCAGAUCCUUGUGCAGUGCAAAUUCAAAACAUCUCAAAAAACAAAUGCUGCUUGGUCUUAUUUGGCAUUUGAGUCACCAUUUGUAACAAUUUUCUCAGAAUCGUUUCAGUUGUCAGAAACUUAUUCAAAGGGCAAAAAAAAAUAUUAAGUAAACAGGAGGAGGAGUUAGUCUCUAAAAUGCAAAAAAAUGUUGAUCAACUGCAAA